CACUGAUCAUUGUUCUCAAGCAAUAUGCAUGGAUCUACGCGUUGUUUACGCGCAGCUUUACUCUUACCUGUCUUCUCCUGGUCGCUCUCGUUUUCUCACUUAAUCUAUCCCAACGAUCGCUUGGUGCCAUCAUACCUUAUCCAUAUGGCAAAACUUUCUACAGCCAUGACUUCUCACUACGGAAACCCCAGACAUGUCACGAAGCCUGCCAAACACUCGGAUUCCAUCGACGGGGCGGACAUCGAGUGGAGAAGAUUCGUGAGGACACUUAUACGCGUUGCCCUGUUGCUCUACAUGACUAUGACCGCUGUACUGUAUUGGUUUGCCUACGACUGGCGUUGGAUUUUCUACGAACUCAACAAAUGGUUCCUCACCGCUCACUUGAGCGUCGCCUUUUACGCUUUCCUGCGGAACGAAGGUAUAACUGACCUAGCCCUGAAGGCCAUCUAUGACGCAGUCCCAGUCGUUUUUGAAUGGAUACACAGCGCUAGGCGCAUCUACCAGUGGUCGACUGUAUCCAUCAUUAGUCAGUUGACAGCACGAUGGGAGUAUCUCGCCACAAUGUGCGAGAAUGCAGUACCCGGCUGGGCUGUCAUGGUAUGGCACAGUCGUGUAUUCUCCUUGGUCAAGUGCAGUCUAAGAUUGGUAUGGCUUAGUCCACAAGCUUCGGAUGUGGACGCAUUCAUAUUGGCAUGGAGGAGGCUCUGGUGGAAGAACGAGAAGACUGAGACUACCCCACCUUCAUCACCUCUGAUACAAAACACCCCAGGCUAUUUCCCGGUAGACCGAGCAUCCAGUCCAGCCGAUGACGAAAGUCUCCUCGAACAAACGCGAUGUCCCAAAGAGCUACCAUACGCUUCUAUAGGCCCUGAUAGCCCCGAAAUGUCGAAGAUAAUUAUCUCACCUACGUCUUCAGCCCUCCAAGGCGCAACUCCGACCUACAGUGUGGACUAUUCGAUGGUAGGCGCUCUUGACGUCCCCCUCGGCGAGACUGCUGACGGCAUGUCCUCUCGAGACAAGCUGACUCCGGCAUCGCGAUCAGUGCUAUGCGACUACGCCUGGAAGGGACAAGGACCGCCGCAGAAGAGUGACGCAAGGAACAGGAUUCAAGACAUCUUGGAGGUCGACACAUAAAAGUAACUUCGCCGAGUGAUUCGCCAC